AUGAAUGUAGACAAAUAUAUUAAGAGAAGAGGUUUGCCCUCUUUGGUUACCACUACAACUAGCACUACGCAUACGCAAUCGACUACACUGACCUCGGAAUCUGUUUCCAUAACAUCUUCUAUUUCAACUGCAUCAACUACAUCGAUUUUGACAACUUCAUUGACUUCAUCAGCUAUAUCUAUCCCAUCAAUAAUUGCACCUUCAGCUGAAAAUAAUCCUAAUAUAUGGAGAUCGGAUGACAUUGAUGGUACGGUUUUUAUUUGUUUUGGGGCAAUAUUUGGUGCUAUAUUGCUGUUCAUACUAAUUUGGAGAUUAUAUAAUAACCUUAAAUCAACAAGAUACACAUAUUUGACAGAAGCAUAUGACUUGGAAGAUCCAUUUAAGGCAGCAUAUAAUACCAAUUCAUCAAUAAUGAACAACAGUUUGUAUGAUGAUGAUUUCAACAACGACUUUGAAAGAACGCAUGACGGUAUGCCAUUGAGUCCAACACGUAGUCCUAUGAAAUUAAAAUACAAUGGUUUCCAAGAUGCUGGUCAUGAUACAAGUAACACAGAAUAUUUCAAUAAUAGUGUAAUACAAAAUCCAUUCGAUGUUAUCCAGGAUUCCGGCACACCAAAGAAAAAGGCCACUACCAAUAACGUCUCAUUAUUCAUAUCACCAACAUUAGAAAUUCUAAAUCAACAAGAAAAGAGAAAAUCAAGAUUUGUAAAGGACACAAGGGAGUCUAUAUCUAAAUCUCCAUUGGGUCAUAGAAACAAUGCUGAGUUUAACAGACCAGAAAGAAGCAUAUCUCCUGAUAGAAGUAUAUCUCCUGAUAGAAGACAUAUCUCCCCUACUAGAUACCAUGGUAAAAAUAACUCGAUUUUAACUCUAAAUAUAGAUAAUAACACAUUCGAUGACAAUACUGUAUUAAGAUUCAAUGAAGAUAAUUCAUACAACAACUUCGAUCAGGAGAUUCCCAGAGAACCAACUAAAAAACACACGAAAGUAAUAAAUUGGAGUUUCAACCUCCAUCAUCAUUUUUGGAUGACAUGUUGGAAGAUAGCCAAUAGUGCCUUGGAAGUAUAUACUAUCAAUAAAUCAACACAUCUAUAUAUACAUUAA